AUGAUUGAUCUUGACCAAAUCAAAUUGGAAUAAAUCAAUGAUUUUAAAGCAAUCUAAUUGGUUAACUUUGUGUCAUAAAAUAAUAAAUUUGAACUAAAUAGCGAAGCAGCUUAGUUUUUGAGUUAAUUGAGAGGAAAUAUAGCUUUUGUUGUCGUUUGUGGCAAAUACAGGACAGGGAAGAGUUUUCUCUUGAACAAACUCAUCGAUGUAUAGAAUGAAGGAGUAAUCACUUUGUUUGCUAAUAGAUCUAGUUUUAGGUUAGUCCAACAACGAAUUCUUGCACCCAAGGAAUCUGGUUAUACACAAAACCUGUGAUUAAUAAGCAGAGCAAUCUUCAAAUCUAUUUUUUGGACACAGAGGGUAGCGAAUCAGGAGUGAAAUCACAAACUCAUGAUGCUAAGAUUUUUGCUUUGGCUAUUUUAAUGAGUAGUACUUUUAUGUUUAAUUCGAUUGGCUGCAUUGAUGAGCAAUCAAUUAUUCAACUACAUCUAACUACAUUGCUAUCUAAGAACAUUCAAGUUUAGGAUCAUGAUAACAGUAAUAAUGAAAAUAUAUUGGGUUACUAUACUCCAAAAUUUAUAUGGUUAUUGAGAGAUUUUGUACUUGAAAUGAAGGAUGGUUAAAAUAGAAAGAUUACACCCAAAGAGUAUCUGGAGUUAGCGUUGCAUGAUGAUCGUUAAUAUCAAAGUGAGAAUUCAAAAAAAGUCAGGAAGACAUUGUUAACAUGUUUUAAAGAUAGAAAUUGCUUUUAAUUCGUUAGGCCUGUGAUUAAUGAAAACGAGUUGUAGAAGGUAAAUCAAUUACCAAACAAUCAAUUAAGAGAGGAGUUUCAGUAAUAAGUAAAACUGCCUAUCAUAUUUUAAGGUAACUCAACUAAGGGAAUAUUUACUGAAGAAUACAUCUCCUAAAUAAUUGAAUGGAGUUAAUUUAAAUGGCAGGAUGUUCUGUAAAAUGAUUGAAACUUUCGUAACCAAUUUUAAUAAGGGGAAGGUUCCCAUCAUAUCUACUGCUUGGGAAUAUGUUGUAGAAACAGAAUGUCAAUAAGGUUUGGCUCAGGCCAAAUAAUUGUAUGAAACUAAUCUUAAGAAAUAUUUCGGUUCUGAUGAAGCCAAGUCUUUUGAAGAAAUAUUUCAAAUCUUGAAAAAAAUUAGAGAUGAGUCAUUUCAAACAUUUCAUUAUAUUGCAGGCAUAAGGGAGAAGAACAACCAUUUUGAAGAAUACAAGAAAAAGCUAUUAGAUUUCAUGACUGAAAAAGAAAAUCUAGCAAUUAGAUUGAAUGAUGAUAUGAAUAAUACGUAUUUGAGUUUGAUUAUGUGAUUAGGAAGAAUGAGGAAGUUAUUGCUGAAGUGUCCUAGAAAUUAAAGGAAAAUCUGGAUCAAGAAACAUUCACGAUUGAUAAUUUAGAAGUUUUCUUUUAACAUUUUAAUGAGUAAUACUCUAUUCAUCAUUUUAUAGAUUUCUAAAUGCUUAUGACAAAAAAUCAGCAGGAACUGAAAAGGCUAAUACGUUGAUACAUUUUUUAUAGAAUCAUCAUCCAAUUAUAGUAAAAUAGUUAGUUAAUUCUGUUGUGUAAAUAUCAUAUCAUAAAUUAAGACAAAAGUAUAGCAAGAAUAAAAAUUAAGCAGAGGAGGAGAAAGCAGUGCAAUAGGUCAAGGAGAAGCAAUUGUUGGAUAAUAUCAAAAUAUUAGAAUAGAACAUUGCAUAGCAUGAAACAAAAAUUAAAAAAUUGGAUCAAGACAAAGUAUAGUUGGAGGCAUAAAAAAAAUAACUAUCAGAUUAACUCAGCAAAUUGCAAACUGAAAACAAAACUAUCAGGUAAUUGAAUUGAUAAGUAUCAUAAAUAGAGACAAUAUUAAGGAUGUAGAUGAGCUCUAAAAUAUGAUUGCCCAAAAAAAUGAAGAAAUACAAGGACUUAAAAAAAUCAUUUCUGUAUGAUGUUUCUAUUUAGUAUUAGUCAUUGCAAACGAAAAAGAAAAAAGGAUGUUGUGGGUGA